GUUCUCUUCUUCGCCUAACCACUGUUCUCUUCUUCGCCUAGCCCACCACCGUUCUCUUCUUUGCCUAGCCCAUCGUUCUAUUCUUCGCACCCAUUCUUUUUUCCUAGCCCACCCAUUCUUCUGCGCCUCUCCCUGCUUGAAAUCUUCCUUUAAGCAUCUCUACCAUCUCAACUGCAUUCUGCCCUGGCUCGCUCACCAUAACUCUUGCCCCGUUUGUCGGUUCCGGUUACCAGCAGAGCAAGCCAAGCUGGACUCUUUUGGGUCCCCGGAAGGGGUUUUGAGGUUAGAGGACUUGAUGAUGGGGGAUGAGGACUGGUAGCGGCAGUGUUCAGGGCUCAUUCUCUCCUAUCCAGAUUGUAGAGGUGUAGACAGAGAUAGAGACGGAAAGAGACUCUUCAUCCAGUGUUUCUUUCGUUCAGGGCUCUAGGCCAUGGAGAUGAAAUGGAAGAAGAUGGAAGAAGAAGAAGAAUAUGAGGAACAACGAAAGAAGGCACGAAGAGUCUCGGAAACAGCAGGUACUUUCUUCUUUUCUUUACUUUCUCAGAGUAGUUUGGUUUUAAUGGCUAUUUGGUUGUUGGAAAUGAAUAAAAAACUAACCAAAUUAAUAUAAUAUACCUAAAGGUUUGAGAUAUUGAUAUGGAAAGAAGAACUUUGUUUGCCUUGUUAUAGAAUGUUUUGAGUUUUCGCUGAUUGGCAGAGAGAAUAUGUAAUUCUAGCAAGGAAAUUAUAUUUGUUUUGUUAAAUUUAUGACAAGCUGAGACUGCACAUGAGGGUACUGAGAGUGAUGCAGGGGAAUACGAAGAAGGGCCUGCUGAAAUUAUCUGGUAAGGAAAUGAGAUCAUUUUCAAGAAGAAAAGGAUCAGGGUCUCGAAGAAAAACAGUCAGCUAGAUGACUUAAGUAGAAAAGAGGCUUAGUUUUUUUAUACAAAGCUGAGAUGAGUCACCUUAUUAAGUCAAUAAACCAUGGGUUAACUUCUUUUCUUUGGGAAGAUCUUGGUAGAAGACGUUUGUUGGAACUCCUCAUCGAUGGAGAUGACCAGUCUAAAUCUCAGAAGUUUGAUAUUGAUGAAAUUUCUGCUCAUCAACCCAUGCAAGUUACAAGUGGGACUUCUAGAGCUCUAAGCAUUACGAUAAUACAAGUAGAAAAAGUCAAUGUUGUUAAGAUCAGUGACUGGUUGCCAGAGAGUGAACCUAUUUGAAUAUUGAGUAAAACAGGCACAUCUCCUCUAUCACAACUUUCUUUAAAGAACCCACCUCAACAGCAAUCACCGUCCACCUCAGACUCAGAAUUUCAUGUUAUUGUUUAAUUAGCUGAGCUUGGAGUAUCAAUCAUUGAUCACACACCUGAAGAAAUUUUGUACCUCUCUGUUCAGACUUUUAUUUUUUCAUAUUCAACUGGCUUGGGCUCUAGAAUUAGUAGGUUCAAAUUAAGAAUGCAUGGGAUAUAAGUGGAUAAUCAGCUGCCAUUAACUCCAAUGCCAAUUCUUUUCAGACCACAGAAUAUUGGGGAUGAGACGGAUUAUAUCUUGAAAUUUUAUGUGACCAUGCAAUCAAAUGGGUCACUGAUAAACAUUCAUGAACCUAUUAUAUGGCGCCUUCAUGAAAUAAUCCAGCAGGUCAACUUCAAUCGCAUAUAUGAUAACCAAACCUCUGCCAUUGUUGUUGAUCCAAUUAUCCAAAUUGGAGUUCUUAACAUCUCAGAAGUUCGGUUCAAGGUGUCAAUGGCUAUGUCACCCAGUCAACGACCAAGGGGUGUACUUGGCUAUUGGGCAUCAUUGAUGACUGCAUUGGGAAACACUGAGAAUAUGCCAGUUAGAAUAAAUCAAAGGUUUCAUGAGAAUGUGUGCAUGAGGCAGAGUUCAAUGACAAAUAUUACUAUUUCAAACAUAUGGAAGGAUCUCCUUGGCCAACCUCUGCAAUUACUUUCUGGUGUUGAUAUAUUGGGUAACACAAGUAGUGCACUUGGACAUAUGAGUAAGGGUAUGGCUGCCUUAUAAAUGGAUAAGAAGUUCAUCCAAAGUCGGCAGAGACAGGAAAACAAGGGCAUAGAGGAUCUUGGUGAUGUUAUUAGAGAAGGAGGUGGUGCACUAGCAAAAGGCCUAUUCAGGGGAGUCACUGGAAUAUUAAUAAAGCCUCUUGAAGGUGAAAAAACUUCUGGUGUUGAGGGUUUUGUUCAAGGUGUUGGAAGAGGACUAAUUGGUGCAGCGACACAACCAGUUAGUGGGGUUCUGGAUCUUUUGUCAAAAACCACAGAAGGAGCCAAUGCAAUGAGAAUGAAGAUAGCAUCAGCUAUAACUUCUGAUGAACAACUUCUUCGCAGGAGACUUCCUCACGUAAUUAGUGGUGAUAAUUUACUCCGUCCUUAUGACGACUACAAAGCUCGAGGACAGAUUAUUCUACAGUUGGCAGAAUCAGGUUCAUUUUUAGGCCAGGUUGAUCUUUUUAAAGUACGUGGAAAGUUUGCCUUAACUGAUGCUUAUGAAGAUCAUUUCUUAAUCCCAAAAUCAAAAAUUCUUGUGGUUACUCAUCGAAGAGUGAUAUUAUUAUAGCAACCCUCCAAUAUCAUUGGUCAGAGAAAGUUCAACCUGUAAAGAUUUA